AUCCUCAUCCUCUUCUCCCUUACACACACACACAUCAAGGAACUUCAAGAACACAAGCAACGUCCUCAAGAAAAAUGCCAUCCACUAACAAUGCCGAGGCUUCCUCUGCCUACGAGCCUUUGACCUCUAAUCCUAGGCCUUACUUCGCCCAAGAGAACCACUACAUUGAACAGCCCCUUGCCCCUGGCACUUACAUUGGCCCUAUUGAUGCCUCGCUCCCUGGCUCUGACAAGAUCCCAUUGCUCUUUCAGCCCUUUACGGUCAAGGACUUGACAAUUCCUAACAGGAUUGUAGUCGCUCCUAUGUGCAUGUAUUCAUCUAAAGAUGGUUUCUUUACCAAUUUCCAUUUGGCCAGCAUUGGUUCGUUUGCGAUCAAUGGUGCAGGGCUGAUCAUCCAGGAAGCUACAGCGGUCCUGCCCAAUGGAAGGAUAACUCCUAGUUGUGCCGGAUUGUGGGACGAUGCUCAUGUAUACAAGUUCAAGGAAAUCGUGGACUUUGUGCAUGCUCAGGGAGGAAAGAUUGGCAUUCAACUCGCACAUGCUGGUCGUAAGGCUUCUGCUCGGGCCCCAUUUACCAAGCACGCCGAGUCUGAUUUCUGGUACGACAAUGUCGUCGCUCCCACUGGUGGUGCUGAUUUCCAAUGGGAUCAUCAUCAUGUAGUACCUCGCGAAAUCACUCCCAGUGAGAUUAAUGAAACUAUCCAGGCUUUUGGUGCCGCUGCUGCCCGUGCUGCCCGCGCUGGUGCAGAUAUGGUUGAGAUCCAUGGAGCACAUGGAUAUUUGAUUCAUAACUUUUUGUCUCCCAUCACCAACAAGCGUACAGACAAGUAUGGAGGCUCGCUUGAGAACCGUGCCCGCUUCUUGCUCGAGGUCAUCGAAGCUGUCCGUGCCAACUUCCCUGCUGAAAAGCCCAUCUUCCUUAGAAUUUCCGCUUCCGACUUAGUAGAGGAGGUCGUUGAUGGACCUUCUUGGGAUAUUGAGCAAUCAAUCCAGAUUGCUAAAUGGGCCCAUGAUGCAGGCGUAGAUGUGCUGCAUGUUUCUUCAGGUGGUAAUACUGCUCAGCAGAAGAUCAAGGCUGGCCCUGGCUACCAGGUCCCAUUCGCAGAGCGUAUCAAGAAGGCUGUGCCUGGAUUGCACAUCGUUGCAGUAGGCAUCAUCAUUAAUGGGAAGCAGGCAGAGGAAGUCUUGGAACAGGAAAAGGCCGAUUUGAUCGGCAUCGGUCGAAGCUUCUUGAGACAUCCAGAGUUUGCAUUGAAUGCAGCUCGCGACUUGAACGUCAAGGCUGCGUUUUCCCAGCAAUAUACUCGCGGCCGCACCAUCUAUAGUUAA